AUGUUGGCAGUCAAGCAUCCCGUUUAUUACAAUGAUGAUAGAAUUUAUUGUAAUAGACAUAAAUUCUUGACAAUCAAUGAUCAAGAUUCUUUUUCUCAAAAUGCUAUGCAACACUAUGAUCUUCGUUUGAUUAUAGUCCGACAUGCCGAACGUAUUGAUGUAGAACUUGGUGAAAAUUGGUAUGAUCAAGUUUUUGGCGGUGUUCCAUCAGCAUCACCACGAAAUUAUCUACAUCCAUUAUUACCACGUCGAUUACCACAUCGUUCAAAUACUUUACUAUAUGUAUUUGAUCCACCAGCAACACGAAUAGGUGAACAAAAGUCCUUUAUUAAAGGACAACAAUUAUCUAGAGUUGGUCUUUCUGUUGAUCAUUGUUAUUCAUCACCUGCUUGUCGUAGUGUUAUUACAGCAAAUGCUAUUUUGCAUGGUAUGAAUCGAAGUAAUACAUCUAUUCGUCUUGAACCAUAUUUAUUUGAACCAAUGUGUUGGAAUACACCAUUACAAGAACUUGGUAUGAUACCACCAUUUAUGUCAACUACUGAAUGGAAAAAAGCAGGUUAUAACAUAGAUCGACAUUAUCGACGAAUUAAUGAUUACAUAAAUCCGUAUGAAACUGAAGAAGAUUUUUGGUUACGAAGUAAAAUAUUUUUUGACAAACUUGAACAACGUCAUAGUAGUAAGACACAAAAAUUUGGGUUUGGACGUGGAUCUAGUCGACGUUCAAAUAUACUUAUUGUUGGUCAUGCUGCAACACCAUUAAUUCUUUCCAAUAUUGCUUUGGAGCAACCAUUCGAUCCUAUGUUAUUCGGACAACAAUGUGGUCAAAUACCAUAUUUACAUACAAUGAUUCUUGAACGUAAUGCAAAAACUCGUCUAUGGAAAGUGCGAUCUGCUUGA